UUCGCUCUAAGCAGUGGUAACUGUUGCUGUCCUUCGGACCACAUUUACAACUUGCCAGACUUGGCAGGGUUAGAGAUGUGCAACAUCUACAUUGUCUGCAGGUGGUGAGGAUUCUGUGACACCCAACAGAUUCCCUGCUAUCGGCAAAAUGAUUAUCUUCAGGAUUAGAAAAGUCCUUUGUGUCAUCGUUCUACUCUGCAUCACUACUAUCGUUGUGUUUUAUACCGGACAGCUGUCCUCCAAUUCGCUUGUGGACUUUGUUAAAAAUGCCCUUCGGCCUCUGGACAGGAUCCUCUCCUCAAAAUAUUGCGCCUGUCUCAAAUGUAUGACACAGCCAGACGAUGACCUCUGGUUUCAGAAGCGCUUCAACACAUCGGUUCAACCCUUUCUGACCAGAAAGUACAAGACACUCUCCAACGAUACAAGAAUGUGGUGGCAGAAAUUGCAGAAAGACCGUAACAUAGCCAACUUUAGCGAGGUGGUGGAGAAGUUGUUCCAGGUCAUCCCUGAUGCUGACCUUUACAUGGAUGCAGGCCCUGAGCGCUGUAGGACCUGUGCUGUGGUGGGGAACUCUGGGAACCUCAAGGGCUCCCACUACGGAGCCCUCAUCGACUCCAGUGAUGUCAUCAUAAGAAUGAACAAGGCUCGUACCUCUGGCUAUGAGCGGGAUGUUGGCAGCCGCACCACACAUCACAUCAUGUACCCAGAGAGUGCCAUAGAUCUGGACAACACCACUAGUCUCUUGUUUUUCCCUUUCAAGACUCUGGACCUUCAGUGGCUACCCGGUGCCAUUACCACUGGGUCUCACAUCACCUUCUCAUAUUUACGUCUUAGACCGAAGAUAAAGGCCAACAAAGAUUUGGUAUUGGUUCUGAAUCCUGUGUUCAUGAAAUAUGUUCAUGAAGUCUGGCUUGACUAUUACGGCAAAUACCCCUCCACCGGAUUCAUGGCUUUGAUAUUAGCCCUACACAUUUGUGACGAGGUGAAUGUGUAUGGAUUUGGGAAAGACAGAAAUGGGAACUGGCACCACUACUGGGAAACACUAACCAAUAAAAAGCUCAAGACUGGAGCACACCCUGGAGACUAUGAGUACAAUGUCACUAGAAAGCUCUCGGAAAUACACAAACUUGAGAUAUAUAAGGGAUGGUGAUAAUCAUUAAUCCAGAUCAUUAACGGGAUUUGCUUCAGUAGUCCCAUUUUUUUAUAUUGAACAAUUUAUUUCUGACUGUUUAGUCUGUCGAGGGCUACAUUACAUCUUAGAAACACCAUUCAAACUUUAAAAAAAGUUUGGUCUUGAUAAACAUGCUUUUGAUAACAUUUAUACUUUUUAAACUUUUUGACCUUCUAAAAAAACAAAUCUACUUUUAAAAACAAAUCUACUUUUAAAAACAAAUCUACUUUUCAAAUUUCCAAAGCUAUCUGGAAUCAGAUUUGAAAUAUCUUCCACCAAUCAUACUAUACAACUCUUUUAAGCCCGGGUUCAGAUACAACAGCCAACAAGACGAGAAGAGCCGAAACUAGCCAGUUGUAGAAUUUUGUGUCGUGGGUACAAAAUGGUUUUGUUACAGACUAAUGCUAUGUAAAUGCUUGAGUUGAAUACUACUAGUCACUGAUCAUUUUCCACACCUGUCCAGUAACCUCUUUACGUACCACACAGAAGAGUGAUUUAUUAAUUGCUCAUUAUCUUUCGGGCACUAAAGCCUAGCCAUGUGGAAACAUAGUUUCCUCUGGUUAGGCUUUAAAGAUCCCAUGUCUCCUCUAUUUUAGACAUACAGUGCAUUCAGAAAUGAUUCAGACCCCUUGACUUUUUCCACAUUUUGUUAUGUUACAGUCUUAUUCUA